AUGGCAGCCUCCACCUGCAUGACAAAUUGCACUGUGGACGGUGCCGCCCAGGCAGGGCCGGCAUACAUGAGCCUCCGCAAGGGGCCGGAGCUGGACGGUGAUCAUUUUCCUGCGGAGCGUGGGGGGCGGUCACACCCUAGAGUGGUGGAUGGGAUAUCUUGCAGGCAAAUGUACCUGAGGAGCUACACUUUCUCCAAGAAGGAAAGCGUGCCCGAGAGGACCAAGAAGUGCUUGGCGAGAGUCAAGAAGAGAGUGUUUCGCGGGAAAUUGGUGGUCCGGAGGGCUAAAGAAGUGUCUUGCUCUGCUCUCUUGGCGAUAUUUCAACGCCUUCUCUCUUGCACGGCCAAAAUCGAUGUAGCUGAUUAUCAUCUCUCCCGGAGAGACUACUGA